AUGAAAAACACUCUUUCUUCUCUCUUUAAAAAGGGUGAUAAAAAGUCAUCAUCCAGUCCCUCACCACCAGGAGAGUCCUCUCAACAACAACAAACAGAUUCCACCUCCACAGCCAUGACCUAUUCAAGCUCUGAUUUGAGUCUUGGAGGAGGAACUUAUUCACCAACCACUGUGAAUGGUGGUGGUGGUGGUUCACUCCAUCAUUCCAACUCCUUCUCGGGUGGUGGACUUGUUGCAACUCUGGAAGGAUCACUUCCUGAGAAUUCACAAAUAUGUUAUGGUACCAUUCAAACUCCAUUCAAUAUGUUUGAAUUGAAUAAGAGAAUGUAUCAAUUGAAUAGUAGCCAUUUGUUGAACAAAUUGUCAAAUCCUUCCACACCCAACUCGAGAAAUAAUUUGAAAAAUCUCAAUGGUGGUGGUGUUGGUUCGAAUUCAAACGCUUCCACUCCUCGUAUGAGCAAUAAUAGUGGCAAUUCUUCUCCCAAUCUCUCGGCAUCGAAUUCCACAGGAGAUUUGAAUAAGAAUACAUCACAACAAUUUACAAUUACACCAACAUUGUUGAUGGGUAAGAGAAAUGAAUUGAAUAAGACUAGUCUGUCUGAUAAGAGAAACUCUUCGGUCUCUCCCAUUCCAGAAAAUGCUCGAAGCAGUUCUCCUCUUGUCACUUCUUCUACCAACAACAAUUCUUCUAAUAGACUAUCUCUCAAAAAGAAUCAAUUGGAAACAACUCAAGAGAAUUCGACUGCUGUUUCAACAACAUUUGUGAAAUCUUCAUUGAGUGAUCAUGAAAAACUUAUUGAACUCAUUGUGAGUUUCCUCGUUCCACAUAAGGAUUGGAUUAAAUCUGUAUCAAACAAGGCUGAAAUCUCUCACAUUCGAACAGUUUCCUUGUUGAAUAAGAAAUGGAAUCAGUUGUACUUGUCUUGUCAAAGUGAAACAGUGAAUCAAUUAUGGAAUGCCUUGAUUGUUGAAUUGAAUAAUUGCAAUGGUGAUAGUGGUGGUAACUCUGAAACAGAUACUGCUGCCAGUGAUCUUGCCACAAGUAAGAAGUUUAUUCGAAUGUGUAAGUUACAAUUAUUGUUUGCUUGUGGUGACUAG